CGACAACGACGACACGACCAGCGCUUCCAACGGCAAUAUCGAGAGUUCCUAAUCCAAGAUGACGAAGGGAACAUCCAGCUUUGGCAAGCGCCACAACAAGACGCACACUCUGUGCCGACGAUGCGGUCGCCGAUCUUUCCACAUCCAAAAGCACACCUGUGGCUCCUGCGGUUAUCCAGCUGCUAAGAUGCGGAAAUAUAACUGGGGUGAGAAGGCCCUUCGACGCAGAACCACCGGCACUGGUCGCAUGAGAUACCUUAAGGUCGUCCAGAGACGAUUCAAGAACGGCUUCCAGACCGGAACCCCCAAGGGCGCUCGGGGACCUCAGACCGCAUAGAUAAUGUCCGUUUCGUUUUCUUCGGUUUCUAGGGGUAUUUAGGAAAAGGUUUACCAUACCAUUUUCCAUCAUGAGGAGCGGGUAAUUGAAUCUUGCUGGGACCAACUAGCUGUUUUUAUGAGCUUAGUUUGUUUUUUACGCGGCGUGGUAUCCCGACAAAUUCAAUUUUAUGAUCGAAUCUACCAAGAAGAUCAAGUUCAUGGACCGGAAAAUAUGGAAAUAAACGGAGUGCAUGGGUCUUUUCUCUUGUUAGAUACUGACAGGAAUCCAUUUUCGCCCGGAAUGACAAGGACGAUUUGGUUUCGCUAAUACUUUUGUACCUUCUCCCAACUUGCCAACUCCGAGAUUACCUUCGCAGGCCCAUUCGACAUAAUGUCAUUUUCUCCUGCAGUGCGAACACUUUCCCAGCGGACUGCUAUUGGAUAUUGAUGGAAUAACCUAUGGUUGUUUUUCCUAUGGUGGACUUAUUCUAUUCGCCCCUCCCAAAAACUCGCACCGCGCCAUCGCCCUGAACGUAAUACAAUACUUCUUUCGGCUCCAAA